AUGAUAACAGUCGGUUUGAAUCUCUUAACUGUUGCAUUAGAAGUUGGCGCAGAUUAUCUUGCCAAUUAUCCAUUAUUACUUUCAAUAGUUAAAGAUUCUUUAUGUCAAAAUUUAUUAAGUAUGCUAAAUUGUAAUCGUAUUCAAUUAUUUUCUGCUUCACUUCGAGUUUCAUUUCUUAUAUUCGAAAGUCUUCGAACACAUCUCAAAUGUCAAUUUGAGUUUUUUAUAACACGUUUAAUGGAAUUAAUUGUAUCUGAACAAUUAAAAAUUACUUAUGAACAAAAGGAAUUAGCACUUGAAACAAUUGUUCAACUUCUUCGUAUACCCGGUUUACCAGCUGAAUUAUAUUUAAAUUGUGAUUGCGAUUUGUAUAGUGAAAAUUUAUUUGAAGAAUUAACAAAAAUGUUAUCGAAAAAUGCUUUUCCAGUUGCUGGUUUAACAUCAACACAUAUUCUUUCACUUGAUGCACUUCUUUCAGUUAUCGAUCAUAUUGAACUCGAAUGCCAAUAUCAAUUAUAUGUUAAAUAUUUUCUUGCAUUUGUUGUUCUAGCCACAAGUCAAACAUUAACUCGUCCUAUUCCAUGUGGAUAUGCAUUUGCUCUUUCAUUGCAAAAUAUUGAUAUUAAUCGUUCUACAACUCCGUCUGAAUCUCGUCAUGGCCCACGACUUCGACAAAAUCGCAUGACGAUAUCUUCACAUUUACCAUCACAAGAUGAUCUUAAAAAGAUGAAACACGAUAAAAAAUUAUUCCGACAAGGUUCAGAAUUAUUUAAUCAAAGUCCAUCAUCAGGAUUAAAGUUUCUUCAAGAGAACAAUCUUUUAUCAGGUUCAUUAGAUGUUAAUGAAAUUGUUAAAUAUCUCAAAGACAAUCCAUUAUUGGAUAAAAAAGUGAUUGGGGAAUAUUUAUCAAAUAGAAAAAAUAUUCAUAUACUUGAACAAUAUGUCAAUACAUUUCACUUUGAAGAAAUGCGUAUUGAUGAAGCACUUCGAAUAUAUUUAUCAGAAUUUCGUUUACCAGGUGAAGCACCUUUAAUCAGUGCUUUACUUGAACAUUUUGCUGCUCGUUGGCGAGAAUGUAACAAUUUUCCACUUGCAAAUAAUGAUGCCGCUUUUGGUUUAUCAUAUGCCUGUAUUAUGCUUAAUACCGAUCAACACAAUACAAAUGUUCGUCGUCAAAGUUUACCAAUGACAUGUGAAGAUUUCAAACGAAAUUUAUCAAAAAUGAAUAAUAAUGAAAAUUUUGAUGAUAGUAUGUUAACAGAGAUUUACAAUGCAAUUAAAUCAGAUGAAAUAGUCAUGCCAGCUGAACAUACAGGCCUUGUUCGUGAAUCCUAUUUAUGGAAAUUGAUGUUAAAACGAUCAAUAACAAUAGGAGAUAAAUUUCUUCACGUUCCAACUGGUUCAUAUAAUCAUGAAAUAUUUACAUUAAUAUGGGGACAAACAAUGGCUGCACUUUCAUUUGUUUUUGAAAAAUCUAAUUAUGAUUUAGUUAUAGAAAAAUCAAUCCAAGGCUUUAGUAAAUGUGCAAGAAUUGCUGCAUAUUAUUGUAUGUCGGAUGUUUUUGAUAAUUUGGUUAUUUCUUUAUGCAAAUUCACAACAUUACUCAAUAAUCGAGAAUGGAUUGAAAAUUUACCAAUACAAUUUGGUUUGAACAGAAAAGCACGCCUCGCUGCAACGGUUGUUUUCAACAUUGCCCACGUGCAUGGAGAUAUUUUACGAGAUGGAUGGAAAAAUAUUCUAGAAUGCAUAAUUCAUUUAUAUAAAGCUAAAUUAUUGCCAUCAGUUCUUGUUGAAGUUGAAGAUUUUCUUGAUCCAACUGGACGAAUAACAUUGAUUAAAGAACAAGUUGCCGAAGCACCAAAAACCGAUACUGGUUUGUUUUCAUCUCUUGCAUUUUUACUCGGCGGUGGUGGUUCAAAUGAAUCAACAUUAUCUUCUGGCAAGCAACCAACAAUUGAAGAACAAGAAGCAAUAAAAGUAGCUUCAGCAUGUAUUGAAGAAUGCCAUUUAGAACAGUUAUUGCAAGAAACAAAAUUUUUAAUUAUUGAUUCUUUAAAUGAAUUCUUAAAAGCACUUAUAUAUGGUUGUCAAAUGUUUCCAGAUUCUCAAAAACUUGAUCAAGAUGCUGCCGUAUUUUGUCUAGAAUUAUUAGUUAAAGUUGUUUUACAAAAUCGUGAUCGUGUCACUAUAUUUUGGCCAACUGUUCGACAUCAAUUUUAUUCAAUACUUGUUAAUGCGAAUAUUAAAACAUUCUUUAUUGAACGUGCUUGCAUUGGUUUAUUAAGAAUUACAGCAAGACUUUUACGACGAGAAGAAUUAGCUUCUGAAGUACUUGAUUCACUUCGUAUGCUUCUGCUAAUGAAACCUCAUGUGCUUCAAGGAUUAUCAUCUGAAAUAGCUUAUGGUAUACAUGAAAUCCUUCGUACAAAUGCAGCAAAUAUACACAAGUCUGAUGAUUGGUUUAUAUUAUUUUCUUUACUUGAAGUUGUUGGAGCAGCUGCUCGCCCACCAUCUAUUCUUCAAUCACCAACAGAAAAUCUAUCGUUAAACAAACAUACUCAUCAAAAUUAUUCAGUAACAAACGCUGAAUCAGACACUGAAUGUUCCGAUUGUCAAACAACGAGUACAACUGAUAAAGGUUAUUUAAGUGAUUCAGAAAUUUAUCGUCGUUCAGAUUAUAUAGUUGUGUCACAUAACGAUUUCGAAACACAUCGAAAUCAAAAUGAUAAAUUUUCUCGACAUGAUCGUCGAGCUUUGAGUAAAUCUUGUGAAAUAUUAUCAUUUCUUAUUCACGAUGUAGCAUAUGUAACACAAGAAAAUUUUGAAUACUGUAUUCAUUGUAUACGAACAUUUAUUGAAUCAACAAUAAUACAACAAACAGAUAAGCAAACAUCGAAAUUAAUAACAAAUAAUAAUCGAAAUACAAAACAAAUUCGUAAAGCAACAUCGUCAAAUUCUUUAAAUAAUGAAAAUUUCAAUGAACAAACAAAUAAUCAAACCAGACAAACACGUUCUGAGUAUGAUGAUGAUGAAAUGGGCCAAUCAAUUAAACAAGAAUAUCAAACAAUUGUUUUGCAAUUAUUGGAGUUAUUGCAUACAUUACAUAUGAGAGCAUCACAAAUCUAUAAACAAAUACCGACUGAUCAAGAAAAAUCGAGUGUUUUAUGGUAUAAAUGUUGGUGUCCUAUUUUGCAAGGUAUUGCACGUCUGUGUUGUGAUUCUCGCCGUGCAGUUCGUUCGUCAUCUCUUGGUUAUCUUCAGCGAUGUGUUUUAUUACCUGAACUUCAUAUUCUUGCUCCAAUAGAAUGGGAAUCUGCGUUUAAUAAAGUAUUAUUUCCUUUAUUACUUCAAUUACUUGAAACAACGAAUACAAGUGAUCAUACAUAUGGAAUUGAGGAGACUCGUGUACGCGUUUCACAAUUAUUAUGUCGAAUAUUUUUACAACAUCUUACGCCAUUAUUAACAUUAUCAACGUUUACAACAGUGUGGUUAACUAUUUUGGAUUUUAUGGAUAAAUAUUCUAAAAUAGAUCAAACAGAUAUGUUGCGUGAAUCUGUUCGUGAAUCAUUAAAAAACAUGCUUUUAGUGAUGAAUACAACUGGCUUAUUUGAUGAUAAUCCGUCUUUAACAGUGAUUACAAAAGAUAGAAUUCAUAGUUUUUUUCCCGGUCUUUGGGAAGAGGUUUUUAAAAUAUCAACACCACCACCAACAACACCUUCUCCGACUGCAGAGUCAGUGGCAUUAGUUACAACAAGUGGAGAUGAUAAUACUUUAUCAAAUGAAUUAGCGACAUCAUCAUUACCAAAUGAAACAACAAUCAAUGAACCAACUCCUCCAACAAAUACUCGAUUUCUACCAGCACCAAUACAAAAUUUGUAA